AUGGACGAGUGGUAUGCCUUUAUGGAUAACCUCUCUUCCCAGACGAUGACCUUUAUUAUUAAACGUAGACAACUCACUUUGAGAAAGCUGGAUAGUGAGAUCUCACAAAUUAAAAAAGAUUCUGAAAAACUAAAGACAGAGAAAGAUUUUAUAGAACAAUCCUAUAAAGGAGAAAAAUUGGAAAAGAUAGAAAACGAUGUCGUGGGUAUAACACAAAAGCAAAACCAACAAGACGUCAAAGACUAUAUGACCAAAACAGCUUAUGCAAAAAAAUUCUCCAAAUCGAACACAUCUAAUUUUAAAAAGCAAAGCUAUGAGUAA